CUGUACUCGUCUUGAGUGUUCCUGUUUGAUUACAAUUAGAUUCAAUGCUGUCAUAUGAGUAGUGCAUGUGCUUACGAGGCAAACUAUGCUGUGCUUUUAGUCUAAAGGUAUUUGCACAGUUGGAUGUUAGUUGUGUUAGACAGGUGCAUCAGGUACAAUGUUGCAGAUGAGGGUUAGAGUCACUUUCUUGCUUCUUCUAUUGGCAGUCCGGUGUGUGACACAGGAGGAAGCCCAGCGUAAAGGUUGUGUUUGUGGACACCCUGGAAUACCAGGGGACCCUGGACACAAUGGUACGCCUGGCAGAGACGGCCGAGAUGGACUCAGAGGUGACAAAGGUGAUCAAGGUCAAGUAGGCCCUAUUGGAUCAGCAGGCAUCAAUGGUCACAAGGGAGACAAUGGAGAAGUUGGUGCAGUUGGCCCUGCAGGGCUCAAAGGAAAAAGGGGGGAUAAUGGAGAAAGGGGGCCCCCUGGGAAAAUGGGGCCCCAAGGAGUCCAAGGGCCCAUAGGCCUGAAAGGAAAUAAGGGAGAGCUUGGGCUGCCUGGACCCCAAGGACCUAAAGGUGAUUUGGGGCCAAUUGGACCAGAGGGUCCGAAGGGGGAAAUUGGCCUUCGAGGGGACAGAGGCAUUCAGGGUCCACUGGGCCCCCCUGGCAGGCCAGGCUCUAAGGGGGAAAUUGGUGUUCCAGGUCACAAGGGCAAUAUUGGUUAUCGUGGUGAGAGGGGGUCUCGAGGAGAGCUAGGAGAUAAGGGAGAGAAGGGAGAUGCAGUUGUUAUCUCUAAAAGUGCCUUCUCUGUGGGACUCACAGCGCAAAGUAAACUCCCAGCAGCCAAUGCACCGAUCCGGUUUGACAAGAUCAUUUACAAUGCACAAAAUAACUACAAUGCACAAACAGGAAGAUUCACGUGCUCCGCAGCAGGAGCCUAUUUCUUCACCUACUACAUCACCGUCUACUCCAGAAACGUGAAAGUGGCCCUGGUGAAGAAUGGUGCAAAGAUAAUCCACACCACAGAUACCUACCAGAGCAGCGAAGAUCAGGCAGCAGGGGGCGCUGUGCUGCACCUGGAUGUGGGGGACAAGGUAUGGCUGCAGGUGGUUGGAGGAGAGCUGUUCAACGGGCUCUUUGCUGAUGAAGAUGAUGACACCACCUUCUCUGGGUUCUUAAUCUUUGGGAUUUAAACUAGGCAUUGCUUCUUUAAAACUUCUGGUAAAUGUUUUUUAACAAACUGAUCAGUCAGGAGUAUUGAUCCUGCCUCUAAACUUUAGUUGACUCUAUAAUGCAUUGUGCAAUGUAUUUAAGUGUGUUUGCUAAACUACUGUUCGGAGGUACUUGUACUCUACUUGAGCUUUUCCAUUGUAUGCUACUUUAUUUCUUUUAAUCCAGAGCGAAACAUCAUACAUUUUUACUCCACUGCAUUUAUUUGACUACUGUGGUUGCUUUGCUGAUUAUAAUUACAAUGUUUUGUUACAGAUUAACUCCCCAGGAAAAUAAAGUAGUUAAGAACAGCUCCACAAUGUAACUUACCACAUCAGUGAUAAUAACCCCACCUCACAAGGGCUAUUUCUCAGCAUGAGUACCUUUCUGUUGUUAGAUUAAGUACAUUUUACUACUUUAUAAUAAUCUGAAUUGUCUCCCACUGCUUGUAUUGUAUGUGCAUUAUGUAGUAAAAUCGAUUUAAAUUAGUUUUCUUAAAAUAUCUUGUACAUGUGAUUGUGAUGGAAUAAGAUCACCAGCCUGUAAAUAAAAAAAAAUAACACCAGUAAACACCUGAAAUACAGGUGUGGUGUCAUUUUAGGUGAC